AAGGAGAGAAAAAGAAAUGAGAUAACAGAGAAUAAGGAUUAGGCCGAGAAAGUGCUAGAACCGUCCCAUGGACUAUCUAUAAAACGAUAAUUUCUUUAGCACGGUGUGUGUCGCGAAUCGGAUGAUCGAUUAUUGUUGAGGGGCCACCGCAUCGCUUCAGAAGAGAGAUGGACGACAUGGACACCGACGUCUCCGGCGACCGUCGGGGCGCCACAGCUGGGGGCGCCUCUGAGGUUUUCUCACCGCCACCGCUGCCGCCUACCGCUCUCGCCAACGGCGACCUGAGUGCCCAGAACAACGCGUGGGGCCUUCUCUCUUUGGCCCGUCAACUUGUCGAUCAGGGCAAACCUUCCCUUGCUCUCCAGGCGGUACUUGUAGCAAUGAGAUCUGGAGGAGGAGAACAGGCCGUUCUGGAAACCCUGCAACGUGCUCGUGAGCUAUACCGCAACCGACUGCAAGCAAAUACUGCUGUGGACGAGUUGGCCUCACUAUUUGCAGAAUGUGCUAUUGCCGAAGCACAACCGAUGGUGGCGAACAACCUUUCACCACCGCACACAGCCAGCCCAACGCCGAUCUUGCUGGACUCUGAUGAGACAUCCAUACUUUCCAUGACUGGGAGGAAGCAGAUCAUGUUGGAUGCGUUUGCUGAUGGGAGCAGCUUUGUCUGUCUGCAAUGCGGAGGUCUGGUUAGCAGUCUACGCAGGGAUGAGCAUAUGGCGUACUGGUGUGGGUAGAUGUGCUCGGUAAUUGCCCACUUAAUGUGCUCGUUCUGCAUGUAUGAUUUAGCUGCUAUUGUUACAUGGUUAGCUUUGGUACAUCUGUCUGUAGAGUCGAGCGCAUGACAGUGCCUGGGGUUUGUUGUUACCGAAUGUUGUAUCAGCAGAAGGCAAUUACCAGAAGAGAAAUUAUUGGACCCUUUAAACAGCAUGACCGGAGAUGACGGCUGUUUGUUCUCUCGACUAUCCAUCCCUCCCCGGAGUCAGUCCAAGUAGAAUCUGGUGAUCCUGCCUGCCUUAAGAGUUUAUAUGCUGCCAUUGCAAACAUCCUCGUUGUGACUGGGAUAUCUAUUAUUAUGGAUGCUCGAUGGCUGCCUCAUUUACAGUUUUGA